AUGGCUCCUCAUAAUUUUGAAGACUUACUUCAGUGCGCUAUACCAGUAUUUGAUGGGCUGCUUCCAAACAACAAUCACAAUAAGAUCAUCCAAGAUCUUCUGUUUACCUUGGCGCAUUGGCAUGGCCUAGCCAAGCUGCGGAUGCAUUCAGACCUAACUUUAGAUAUUCUUGAUACAGCGACUACUGAGGUAACCUGUUCAGACGAUUCAAGGAGCUUGCGUCACGCAAAGGAAGCCACCAGAAGAUCUCAAGUCGACAAGGGCAAGAAAACUGCUGGUCAGGCAGAGAAGUUAACCGCAGACAAACCAUUACACAGGACAGUAUCAUUCAAUCUCCAAACCUACAAAUUUCACGCCCUUGGAGACUAUGUCUCAUGUAUAAGACGCUUUGGUACAACUGACUCUUAUAGCAUGGAGCCUAGCAUUGCACUGGAAAGAGAAGAUACCUCCGGACAGACCGAAAAUCUUUUGUCAGGCAGCUCACACAAAUCAAACGUCGCCAAGCUUGAAUCAGGCGCAUCAAGUGUCGUAUUCAACAGGCAGAAUCAGUGUGAGAAAAACCAUGACGAUAUUGGAUCCUAUCUUCAUGCUAGAGAGGGCGACCCAGCCAUGAAGAUCAUCUUCUUCGUUGUAUUCAAGUGUCUCAACCUGGUCAAGAAGCCGAAGGAGAUAUCAGUAACGUUCUCUUCAAAUGAAAUCGAAUUUACCACCACAACAUUGCUAGAAUCAACUACACAACCUACGACACUAGACGGGACCAAGAUGUCAUCAACCCCAAAACCUGGCACUGCAAUAUCAUGGUCCUCAGCAACUACGGCGAACCUAGAACACACUAUCGCUACGCCAGGGUGUUAG